AGUUCGAGUAAGAUAAGUGUUUAUUCCAACGUCAUUGAUACGAUCAAAAGAAAAAAAUUAUACUCCACCAAAUCACUUUCAAUGGUGAUUUGAAGUUUCCAGAGUACCAUAUUUAUGACAAAUUAGGCCAAGGAGGGUUAAAUCGAAACGUGUUACAGGAAAACUUGUAAACUACAGUAGUAUAUGGACUAAUAUGGCAUUGAUUUAACAAAUUGAAGUUGAUAAAGCAUUGGCUCUACUCACUUCACACGUUACACAAAAAAAACCAGUGUCAUUCUCAUCCAUUUUCCUAUCUUUCUCUAACUUAUUUUCCAAUAUAAGUAUAUUUCUUGAAGUGGCAUACUCAUCUUCUUAGCCUUCCAAAACAUUGUUGGAAAAAAGGAGAGAGUGAGAAAAAUGGCACAAUUGUUGCUAAGAAGAACAACAAACAUUAUGAAACAAUUAUAUUUAACAAAAUCUACUCUAACUACUAAUCAAAGUAGUUUUAUUCCUAGUUUCUUAGGAAUUUCUCAUAAUGUUUGUAGUAACUCCUCUGUUUUUUCUCCUACUUCCUUUGUUUUUGGGCGUUUAGAAUCUACUAAAGCAGCUGAGUUGAAGAUUGAUCCUCAGUUAUACUCUUCUUCCGAGGAUGAUGAUGAUAAUGAUCAUGAUAAUGCUUAUCCUUCCGAACCCGAGGGAAUGGAUUUUCCAGGAGGGAAGGUUAUGUUUACAUCACAAAUGAGUUUCAUUGCCGAGCCUGGGAAGACACGAGUGCCUUGCUAUCGUGUUCUAAAUGACAGUGGGGAGCUUAUUUCAGGCAAAGAUCAUGAUCUUGUGAACCAAGACUUGGCAACAAGGAUGUAUAAUAGCAUGAUCACUCUUCAAGUUAUGGACACUUUUCUUUACGAAGCACAAAGACAGGGAAGAAUUUCAUUUUAUAUGACUUCAUUCGGGGAAGAAGCUAUUAAUGUUGCAUCUGCAGCAGCCCUCUCUUCAGAGGACAUUAUUUUUGCUCAGUAUAGGGAGCCUGGGGCGUUACUAUGGCGUGGUUUUACCUUGCAAGAUUUUACAAAUCAGUGUUUCGGAAAUAAGGCUGAUUGUGGGAAAGGUCGACAAAUGCCAAAUCAUUAUGGGUCUAGUAAGCAUAACUACUUUACAAUAUCAUCCCCAAUCGCUACACAGCUUCCUCAAGCUGCAGGAGCUGCUUAUUCUCUUAAAAUGGAUAAGAAGGAUGCUUGUGUUGUAGCCUACAUGGGAGAUGGUUGCACCAGUGAGGGAGAUUUCCAUGCUGGUUUGAAUUUUGCGGCAGUCAUGGAAGUUCCAAUAGUUUUCAUUUGUCGUAACAAUGGAUAUGCAAUUAGUACUCCUAUUUCAGACCAAUUUCGAAGUGAUGGUGUUGUGGUCAAGGGACAAGCUUAUGGAAUACGUAGCAUUCGAGUUGAUGGAAAUGAUGCUCUUGCUGUCUAUGAAGUCGUUCAAACUGCUCGUGAAAUGGCAAUCUCUGAACAAAGACCUAUUCUGGUUGAGGCGCUAACAUAUCGAGUAGGACACCACUCUACUUCUGAUGAUUCUACCAAGUACAGGUCAACUGAUGAAAUCGAACACUGGAAAAUAGAAAAAAGUCCUGUCACAAAAUUUAGGAGGUGGAUUGAGAGAAAUGGCUGGUGGAAUGAAGAUGAUGAAUCAGAAAUUCGAAAGAAGGUCAAGAAAGAGAUUCUUCAAGCAAUUCAAGUGGCAGAAAAAUUGGAAAAACCACCGGUUUCGGAAAUGUUUACAGAUGUGUAUGAUGAACCAACAAAGGAUCUGGUUGAGCAAGAAAUCUUGCUUAGAGAAUCCAUUAAGAAGCACCCUAAAGAUUAUCCAUCUGAUGUUGCAGAGUGCAUUUAGAUGUGUAUAUUUAUGUAAUGAUGUACUUAUCUUAGCUUGAAAAGGCUUUUGAUGAGACUUAAUUACUUUGUAUAGUGUAUAGUAAUUGUCAAAUGCCGGUUAAUUAUGAUUCUACUAAUCUGAAUUGCAUCAUGGCUAUAAUAAUAAUGAUGGUCAUGUCUUAAUAA